UAAAUUCUAUAAAUAUGAGAGUUUUUUUUAUCAUCCUGAGCAAGCACAUCGAAUAGUCUAAGAAUGGCCAAGGUUAGGAUGUGGGUUUAUUCAGUAAUAGUAGUAGCUUUGGUUGUACUGGGCACCCCUGCAUUUGGACAAGGAACGGCCUCCAUUAUUACUGAAAAUGUGUUCAAUCAAAUGCUCAAGCACAGAAACGAUGCGGGUUGCGCAGGGAACAACUUCUACAAUUACAAUGCCUUCAUUGCAGCAGCCAAUGCCUUCAACGGCUUCGGAACCACCGGUGACCUAGCUGCUCGGAAAAGAGACCUCGCUGCUUUCUUCGCCCAAACAUCGCAUGAAACCACCGGUGGGUGGGCAACUGCGCCAGAUGGUCCAUACGCUUGGGGGUACUGCUUCCUCACAGAGAAAGCAGGCGGAGAUCACUGUAACUCACAGCAGGCUCCUUGCGCUGCCGGAAAGCAAUAUUAUGGUCGAGGACCCAUCCAGCUAUCAUGCAAGAACUAUAAUUAUAUAGCGGCUGGGAAGGCAAUAGGCUUCGACGGACUGAACGACCCAGAUAUUGUUGCUCGAGACCCCACAAUCUCGUUCAAGACGGCGAUCUGGUUUUGGAUGACUGCGCAGUCUCCCAAACCGUCGAGCCAUGAUGUCAUGACGGGCAGAUGGACGCCAUCGGGCAGCGAUAAUGCGGCAGGCAGAGUUGCCGGAUACGGAAUGACCACAAAUAUCAUCAAUGGAGGGCUUGAAUGUGGAAGUGGAUCCAACGCCAAGAUGGAGGAUCGCAUAGGGUUCUUCAAGAGGUAUUGUGAUUUAUUGGGAGUGAGCUACGGGCCUAAUCUGGACUGCUACAACCAGAAACCCUAUGGGAAUUGAGUUCCAAAGAUAAUACCUAAUAAAUACCUAAUGACUCUUAACUAUGUCUAAUAAGGUGGAUUGGAGUGGCGUAGAGAGAGCUAUAGGACUCACUCUUAACUUUACACCAAGAAGUCAUGACGGUCUUGCUUUUUCUGCAUCUAUAAUUCCUGUUUCUUCUGUACUUUCUCUGAUUGGACAGAUAAUGUUUCGCCAAUCUAAUUUAUGAGGAUGCUAAAUACGAUUACAGACCUCCUCUGUAUUCGCUCCUUAUUAUAGUUAUCUCCAGACUAUUAAUUUAUAGUAAUUAUGGUAAUUGUUUUUGAAUUAGAUUAUGUAAGAAAUUUUUCAAUAAUUUAUAAUAAUUAUGGUAAUUAUAUUUUUGAAUUA